UUUUAAAUUUUGUUAUUUGGUUCUGGUAGGUGGUAGUGGAAGUAGUUUCUGUGGAGUUUCUUUGAAGGAAUUUUAUUGUUUGUUUGUUAGGUCUAGUAUGUAAUGCUAAGAGAUGAUGCUCCUUUCAUGAACCAUUUGCUUCUUCUUUCUCUGCUUUUAUAUAAUGGAUUCUCUCUCAUGUUGCUUAUCAGUCCACGAUUUCUCUCAACUAUUUGCAGGUUGUGUGGGUCAAGCGGGGUUUUUUGAAGUAGAGGACAUAUAUCCUUCCCUUUUACCACUUCAACUCGAGGGAAUAUUAUAAAAAGAAAAAAAGGAAAAAUCAUGCAGACGCCAAAAGCAAGAACAAGCUCCGUAGAAGUGCCUCAGAGAAAAUCUCUUGUAACACCUCGAACUGCUCGCCAACUGAAGAUACCAGGAUCUGAUUCAGAUACAGUUUCCUCUCCAAAUCCUGCAAGUAAGACACCCAAAGACAGAAGUCCGAAGGUUACUGAGCCUAAAGCACUGAGAAGCCCAGCAUCUGAGAAGAAGCGCCCGAGCAGAGUGACUGAACUGGAAGCACAGCUCACUCAACUCCAAGAUGAUCUGAAAAAGACAAAGGACCAACUGACUGCAUCUGAGUCAUGGAAGAGGCGGGCCAUGCAAGAGGCUGAGGAGGCCAAGAAACAGCUAUCAACAAUGUCAGCCAAGCUUGAAGAAUCUGAACAGCAGUUGCUGGAAAUUUCUGCCACUGAGGAUGAACGGGUGCAAGAACUCCGCAAAAUCUCGCAAGAUAGAGAUAGAGCAUGGCAGUCUGAACUUGAGGCUGUCCAGAAACAGCAUUCAAUGGAUUCUGCUGCCUUGGCUUCUGCCAUGAACGAAAUUCAAAAGCUUAAAGUUCAGCUCGAAAAGGCUUAUGAAUCUGAAGUCGUUCAAAUUAAGCAUGCUGAAUCUGCACAUGCUGAGAUUCAGAACUUGAGAAUUGAACUGACUGAAACUCUCUCCUUAGUUGAAAAACUUAAGUCUGAACUCAACGAUUGCCGAGAAUCUGAAGCCCAGGCUCUUGAAGUUGUUAGCAAAACCCAAAUGCAACUGGAAGCAGCAAAUAAAACCAUUGAAAUGCUGCGUUCUGAUGCAACCAAAGAAACAGAAGCUUACAACACAUUAUCAUUGGAGUUGGAGCAGUCAAAAGCUAGAGUUAAGUCACUGGAGGGACUUGUGAGCAAGCUCCAGGUAGAACUGGUUGGUCAUAGCAGCAAAAUAGUUAAGGAUCCCAAGGACGAUAAACCACCACAGCAGAAUGGAGACAAUGAGGACAUACAGCAGCUCAAAUCGGAGCUUAAUUUUGCAAAACUUGAAGUGGGUCAGUUGAGAUCAGCAUUGGAAGCAGCUGAGGUCAGGUACCAAGAAGAAUAUAUUCAAAGCACAUUGCAAAUUAGAAGUGCAUAUGAACAAGUGGAAUGCAUAAGAACUCAGUCAUGCCAGAGGGAGGUGGAACUCGAGGCAGAAUUAAAGAGAACCAAAGCUGGUGUUGAAGAAUUGAGAGCAGACUUAAUGGAUAAGGAGACUGAACUGCAGAGUAUUUCGGAGGAAAAUGAGGGGCUCAUUUUGAAUAUCGAGAAAAACCAGUCCAAUGAAAGAGAAUCUGAACUUGCAGUAGAAUCGAAGAAGUUAGAGGCAGAUUUGACAGAAUUGAAAGCAAAUUUGACAGCGAAGGAAACAGAACUGCAAAGUGUAACCGAGCAAAAUGAAAUGCUCAAUAGGGAAAUUAAGAAGAGAGAAAUGGAGAGUAAUAAAGUUAGUGAUGAAUCUGUUGCAUUGUUAGAAGCAGCAAGGGCUGCAGAGCGAGAGGCUCUGAUGAAACUCGGCUAUUUAACUGAGGAAGCAGAUAAGAGUAGCAGAAGAGCAGCACGUGUGACUCAAGAGCUUGAUGCAGCUCAAGCAGCAAAUACUGAAAUGGAGGCUGAGUUGAGGAGACUAAAGGUGCAGUCAGAUCAAUGGAGAAAGGCAGCUGAGGCAGCUGCUGCUAUGCUUUCUACAGGGAACAAUGGGAAACAUGAGGAAAGGACUGUAUCUCUUGACAGCAACUAUAACCCCAUAAUGGGUUCGCCCAACUCGGAAGACAUGGAUGAUGAUUCACCCAAGAAGAAGAAUGGCAACAUGUUGAAAAAGAUAGGUGUGUUAUGGAAGAAAGGCCAGAAGUAGAUCAAAUACAUGGCAGGUUGCAUAUAUUCCGGCUCCUAAUAUUUGAUGGUUUGGAUAUUGUCAGUUUAUGGAAAAUUUCUCUUUAAUUUUGCUCUUACCAUGUCUGUUUAGGGGUGAUUCCAAUUGAGUUUCAGUGUUAAAACUGUUAAAAGGAAACCCCACUUAAGAAGAAUAUGCGUUUAAAACAGUAACAAGUUUAUGAAUGUGGCAGAUU